UACACUGCCACUUAAGUAUUAUUACCACAGCUGCAUUCAUGCUGACUCUUUCCCCUUUUAGGAUUUACCUGGUGACGGUCAGCUCGGAGGUGGUAGGAGGGACCACAGAGAAACUUUGUGCUCAGGUCCAACAAGCCACAGAGCCUAUGUUGUUGAAUGUGUCAAUGGAGAUGGAGGAUGGCAGCAGCACCAUUCUACUGAAGGAAGCCGUAACACAGGACUUCUAUCACUGCACCUCCUUCCAGGUCAACUGCAACUGUGCUGUGUUCAGCAGGCUACAACGUUGUGGAACGCUCUGAUAUAAAUAUAUUAUGUAGAACCAACAUGCCUCUCUGACAUGUAAAGAAUCAUGCCAGCUCUGUGUGACAUUUGUAACUGCAUAUUUCCACAACGAUGUGAUCUAUUAUAGAUCAUGAUCUUCUAUAAUACUAUAGAAACUCCUGCAAUGUUUGACUCUUCUGUACUGGUCAUUCUCCAUCAUCUAAACAAAAGUUGUUCUUACUAGACUCAAGCUAGCUAUGCGCAUUCAUUCAACAACACACAUUCACUGCAGUCAUUUAUUCUGACUAGUUUGGUUGUAACUCAGUCAUUACAUUGACAUUUUAGUCAUUUAGCAGACGCUCUUAUCCAGAGCGACUUACAGUUAGUGAAUACAUUUUUUUUUUUUUUUUUAUUUUUUUUAUACUGGCCCCCCGUGGGAAUCGAACCCACAACCCUGGCGUUGCAAACGCCAUGCUCUAUCAACUGAGCUACAUCCCUGCCGGCCAUUCCCUCCCCUACCCUGGACGACGCUGGGCCAAUUGUGCGCCGCCCAUGAGUCUCCCGGUCACGGCCGGCUGCGACAGAGCAGAGUCAUAUUUUGUGGAAUUCAACUUGGAUUCCAGGCUGGGUGCUGUAUGCAAAAUGAUCCAACCUAUGAAGGGCAAUAGCAGUUAUUUUAAUCAUACUUCGCUAUGCUGAGGUUAUCUACCAUUUAACAAAAAGCCCUCUGUUCAAGCUACUCAGUCAGGAGAGCCAAGCUUUGGUUAGGAGCUAGAGGAUUGUAGAAGUUCUAACAAGCUUCCAUUCUUCUGUUCUUCAUGUUGUAGGUUCCCCCAGUGAAGGCUGACAGUGUGGCAACUGUCUAUGUUAGCAUCAAGGGGAGGAAGGAGGAGAUGAGCAAAAACACCAAGAUCCUUAUCAAGCCCAAAAGAUUCCUCACCAUUUUCCAGACAGACAAACCAGUCUACAAACCUGGACAGACAGGUAGUUAGAUAACAUCUUUGAUGAACACUGAAACUGACCCUUCUUGAGUUAUUACUUGUAAAUGUACUAAACUUUCCCUUUUCGUCUAAUAAUUAUGUUCAUGCAGACUUUACAGUAUAUUUGUGAGGCCAUAAGCUUGAGGAAAGGUCAUUACUGAAAUGGAUGAUGGAUAUACUGUACACUGUAUAUAGACAGAUGUUUCUACCGCUUUUCCAGUCAAGUUCCGAAUCGUCUCGCUGGAUGCCAGUUUCUUGUCAUUCAAUCAGAUGGUAAGUUACUCUUUCAGUGUUGUUCAAUAAAAAUUAAGUUACUCUUUCAAAGCAUUUUUAAGUGGGGUUGAACAGGACAGCCCCGUGUUAGUCAGCAUUGUAACAUUCUAGGGAGGUGGUGUGUAGUUUGGGAGAGGUUUACUGUAGUUGAGUAAAGAAGGGAAGUGAUGGAGCAAUGAUUUCAUCCUCUUGCAGUCCCAGUUUGAUGAUUCAAUGGGGCAGUGUGGGUGAGACAGACCGUGUGUGUAGGUGGCUCAGCAAACGUGGUCAGAGGUCAUUUUGCCUGGCUCUUUGAUCAGAGCAUCUGAAUCAACAGGAGCGCCAGGCCUGCUCUGUACUGUAACUUUGUAGAUAAAGAUGCCUGCACUGUAGAAACUGUUUUGGAAAGUCAUGAAAUUAAUGUUUUAAAGCCCUUUUCUGGCACCACAGUAGUUCCCUGUAGGCCUACUGUAAAAACUAUUUUGGGACGUAAUAAAAAUAAAGUUGUAAUGUUUUUUGGGGCCAAAUGUUAAUGCUGAAUGUUUUGUUUCUAAUUUCUAGUAUCAAACAGUGGAGCUUCAGGUGAGACUCAUUCAAAUCCAUUGCAAUUAAAAACCAAAGCUGUAUAUAACAUGAGCAAUAAUAAUGACAUGAUCUCCCUUCAAAAAAAUGUCCUGCCAAUGUACUGAUGCAUGAAUUGAUACAAUGCCUGUCUCUAAAACAAAAAUAGCUUCCUUCAACCUAUUAUGAAUCUGUAUACAGGACCCCAACUCCAACCGCAUUGCUCAGUGGUUGAACCAGUCAACAGUGAGUGGAAUUCUGGACCUGUCCCACCCCAUGUCCGCAGAGGCAAUGCAAGGAAGUUACAUCAUCACUGCAUGGAAUGAGAAGGGAGAACAAACCUCCCAAAACUUUGACAUCAAAGAAUAUGGUGAUGAAAUCUUCUCUCUGAUUACUUUCAGGUUACAUUGUGGUUACAUUGUUAUUACAUGGUGAUUACAUGGUGGUUACGUUGUUUUUACAUGGUGAUUACAUUGUGGUCUGUGAUUUGUUUUUGGGUGUAGUCCAACAGACAAUGAAGAAAUAAUAUUGAUAUGUAUUUUUCCAGUUUUGCCCAAAUAUGAGGUGAAAGUCCAUCUUCCCCAAACAAUAACUAUUCUGGACAAAGAAGCAACACUGAGAGUUUGUGGAAAGUAAGUGAAUAAGAUGAUAAAGCAUAAUAGACAGUAAGAUGAUAAUGUAAACUGGGGAAUUUUAUUGACAGAAUAUUAAGACUUAAUUUGUGUGUUGCAUAGACCAUACUUUAUAGAUACUGUCCCAUGUUUGAUACUUGCUCAUGUUCAAAGUAUUUCAAUUUUUGCAACGCUUAAUUGCUUUUCUUGAAUUGUCAUUCUUCUGGUGACUGUUUCCAGAUACACUUAUGGAAAACCAGUGGUGGGGUCUGUUACGGCGAAAGUUUGCAGAAAUGCCAUUCAAUAUCGUUGGUUAUAUGAUUCUAGUAAUAUCUGCGAGUUGUAUCUUAUGAAAGUAAGUAUUUUCUAUUGUUACGCCAAAUUCUUUGACGAAGAACACUCACUGUGGACAAAAUGUUGAGGUUUAUGGAAGCCUGUUUUUGUAGCCGAGCUAAGCUGACCUACAACUGUACUCAUUCACCCUAGACCGACAAAACUGGUUGUGCAACCCAAAUGAUCGACUUGACCCAGUUCGGUCUACAUGACUCUUUUGGGGACUUCGAAGUGGAGACUGAGAUGGAGGAAUACGGAACGGGUAGGAGAGAACUUUAUCUUAAACGUAGAGGUGUUUACAUGCUCAACUGUUGACCUCUGACCCUUGCCUGUGUUCUCUCCAGGAGUCAUCCUUAAAGGUAGUGGCAAGGCAAGCUUCACCAAUGUCAUCAUAACUGUUCGUUUUGAGGACGUGCCCCAAGCAUAUAAACCAGGAAUUGCAUACGAGGGGAAGGUGAGGACAAAAUAUAUUAACAAAUGCCUUUUUAAUAACACUGCAGGGAAACUCAUUGCUCAGAAAAAUCUUUGUGAAAGAAGUUGUGAUAAAUGUUAACAUAUCAUUUGGAGCAUCUAAACCAUGCUUUUGAUGUCUUUUAUGCGAUGGGAGUGUACAUUAUUAGUAUAGUUUAUUGGAUGUCUGCAGUCAUCCUGUCCUGUGUUUUCAGAUCAAAGUGACCGGUCCAGACUCUACUCCCGUUCCCAAUGAGCCUGUGUAUCUCUUCCUACACAACAGUGGCACAUCUGAGAACUGGACUCUCACCACAGACAGCAAUGGCAUUGCUUCUUUCUCUCUAGACACCUCUUCGUGGAGUUCUGAUUAUAUGUCUCUGUCGGUCAGUACUCACUCACUCACUCAUGUUUUACUCUAUUAAAUAUUUAAUUAUAAAUUAUUUACUGUAAAUAUUCAAUUGUUUGUUCUGACAGAGAUCAUUAAUUUAUCAUUUUGUAUUCUCCAAGGUCACUACAAUUUCUUAUUUUUCAUAUAUUUUUUUGUAUUUCUUGAACCAGGCUCGUUAUCAAAAGGUUGAGGAGGAUUAUCUGUACGAGCAGGGUGUGCGUAGACCAGAAUAUUCAUCCGCUUACCAUUUCGCAUGGAAAUUCUAUUCCAAGAGCAAGAGCUUUGUGAAGAUAAUGCAGGGCGAAGGGAAGUUCUCCUGUGAGAAGGACGGGAUUGUUCUUGCUCGCUACAUCAUCCAAGGGGAGGAGCUGAUAAAGGGACAGACGACCCUGGACUUUUUCUAUCUGGUAAGGUUAAAGGGAUGUUCCACUCAAAAUACAACCUAACAUUAUUUUUUUGUCGAGUCCACCAGAAAGUUUGGGGAUAUUUAUUUAUUUAUUUAUUUUACAUACUUCGGUAUUUGAUUGUCAUUUUGUGUUUUGUCUGGAAAUAUUUUAAGAAUGGCUUUGGAAAACCAUACAGUACUUGACUUCCAGUUGAAUAUUUCAUCAUGGGUUAUACACAGUAAGAUAUCACUUUAGUAAUGCAUUAACUUCAAGAUAUUUGCCAGCAGAUCUCCAGGUUUUGGCCAAUGUUCCAAUCUCCCUGGUUCGUUCACUGGUUAUUAAUGUUGAUGCUGCAACCUGGCUGUCUCUUAUGUCCCAGGUUAUAUCUAGAGGCAGCAUUCAGCAGCAUGGCCGUCUUCCUGUGACCGUUAAAGAAGGAAAAGGUAAAUAAAUUGGUCUUGGAUUCUCCCGACUGCUUCCUGACAUUUAUAUUUAGGACUUCUUAGAACCCCACUUGAUUAGAGAACAUAUCUCCUCGAAAGGCCUAAUGGCAUUAAACUGGCAUGGGAUAAAUCUGUCACGACUGGAUUAAAUCAUCCAGAUUACAUCUUCAAUACAAGCUCUUACUUCACAGCGCACAGUAUAUUUCAAUUUCAUAGACUAGUCACAGAACACUGUCUGUAUUGGAUGCUCGGUGGACUUACGGUGAGCUAAUGUCCAUCCCUUUGUCUGUCUCUCAUUUCAGUUAAUCAAGGGGAGCUGACGCUCUCGCUGCAGCGGAUGCCUGAGCUGACCCCUUUUGCCCAGGUGGUGGUGUACACCGUGUUGCCUGAUGGGGAGGCAGUAGCAGACAGCCGAGACUUCCCCAUUCACCUCUGCCUGAAAAACCAGGUAGGCAACUAGGCGUCUUUCGCCAGCUACAUGAAAUGUCAAAAUGUGAUCUAUCGGGGCAACAUGCACUACGGUCGAUUUCCAAAAUGACUUCGCAUCAGACUAUGAUAUGAAAUCCUUCACCUGCACCUGGAUCAUCACAAAUCUGUUUUCUAUCUAGAUGUGGUCAGUAGUUGUGUGGUUGUGGUCAGAUGAGAGGCCAGUGUUGUGGUAAGCAGUUGUGGUCAGAGGUUGUAUGGUUGUUGUCAGUGGUUGUGGUCACUGGAUGUGGUCAGAAGUUGUAUGGUUGUGGUCAGCAGUUAUGUUUUUGGUCACUAGAUGUGGUCAGCAGUAGUGUGGAUGUGGUCAGAAGAUGAGAGGUCAGAAUUUGUGUUGUGGUCACUAGAUGUGGUAAGCAGUUGUGUGGUUGUGGUCAGAGGUUGUUGUCAGAUGUGUGGUUGUUGUCAGUAGUUGUGUUUGUGGUCACUAGAUGUGGUAAGCAGUUGUGGUCACUAGAUCUGGUCAGUUGUUGUGGUCAGUAGUAGUGUGGUUGAGGUCAGAAGUUGAGUUGUCAGCAGUUUAGUUGUGUGGUCAGCAGUUGUGUGGUUGUGGUCACUAGAUAUGGUAAGCAGUUUUGUUGUUGCGGUCAGAAGUUGUGUGGUUGUGGUCAGUAUUUGUGUGGUUGUGGUCAGUAAUUGUGGUCCCUCUCUUCACCUUCAUUUCUUUUUGCCCUUUGUCUGUGAGUACCCAUAGCAACGGCUCAGUUUGGGCUCCUCCAUGAUGACACAUAGAGCUGUUAGUAGACCUCAGCAUGCCACUUUUCGUCACUGACAAACAGCUGUAACUUUUUAUUGGUAGAAGCUAUUCCUAAUCUGCUCUUUCCAGUCAGAGGGGUACAGCCCACCCUUCUCUUUAGAGACAGGCAAACUAGCGUUGCAUGGCAACACUGCUGCCUUUUUGGCUAAAGCAAGAGAAACAUGCUAGCAUACAGUAAGUUUGUGCAUUAAUAUGAACUAAAUACUGCACUCUGACCCACACAACGUCUUUGCUAGAUUCCUGAUAGUGUUAGACAAAGCAAGGAAAGUAAACUCAAAACGUUAUGUAGUUUUAUUGCAAUUUGCAGAUGUUGGUAAAUCAUGAAUCUGCUAGCUUCUGACAUGAUUUAAUGCAGCUAGAAAGAGAGCAGUUGAUGGGUUACUAAAACAGCUCUAUCUAGGGAUUGGUAGACACUAGUUCUAAUCCGUUUAAGGAUUUCCAGGAAUAUUUUUGUCUAACUUGUUGGGUUUGUGGUCAAAAUGGCAGUAGAUUGGAAAAAGUUGGAGGAAAAUGUUGUAAUGCAGUUACUAAAACAGCUGUACCGUAAGCUCCGUAGUGAAUAUUAUGGUUCUGCGAACAUAUAUGAAUCACAGAGAAGUAGUCAAAGAUUCCAUAUGCUCUAACCUUUUGUCUAACUUGUUGGGGUAGUGGUCAAAACGGCAGCAGUUUGCAAAUAAGUUACAGAAAAUGUUGUUGAUGCGGUUACUUAAACAGCUAACUUUUUACCAGAAUAUUAUUUUGUGUUCAAAUGCCAGAUUUGAGUAGCAGAGAAUAUCGAAUAUCUAAGCUUUUGCUGCGCAAGCCCCACAAUGAUAUACUUCUGCCAGGUAAGCCUACUUUGCAGUUAACAUUUAAUUGAGAAAGUUUUGGGGGGAAAUAUUUCUGCCAACCCACAAGACCGUUAUCACAUCAACUGGCUACACACAGAGUGAUAGACAAACGCGCGCACCACAGACAGAUGGGAUAAUAUGAAUGGAAGUUAAUUGGCAGACAUUGUGUUAGGUUUGGCUUUUUAAGCCAAUAGUGGCUAACCAGGGCUGGGAUGUCAAUGUUGCGUUGAUUUAGAUAGUAGCUGAGAGCUUGCGGUGUCUGAUACUUGUGAGAUUUGUUUGACAGUUUGCGGUGGAACACAUGAAAAUUGCAUGUACUUUCAGAAUUGUUUGGCGAGCUACUGGUAGCUCGCGAUCGACCUGUUAGACCCCUGCUCUACACAGUACAAGCAUUAUUAUGUUGUGGGCUCUGUUCCAAUAUUCACACCAGUAUGCUACUGUACUUGAAAUGAAGCAAUGUGUUGGACAUGUAUUCUAAGUGGUAUGCUAGUAUAGCUCCCGAGUAUGUGUCACGCCCUGACCUAUGGGACUCUAGUAUGUUGAGUCAGGGUGUGGAGUUCUGUUAUUUCUAUGUUCUCAUUCUAGGUUGUGUGUUUCUAUGUUUGGCCGGGUGUGAUUCCCAAUCAGAGGCAGCUGUCGCUCGUUGUCUCUGAUUGGGGAUCAUACUUAAGUAGCCUGUUGGCAAUCAGUUGUUGUGGGAUCUUGUUCCGUGUAUAGGCUUGUAUGGUGUUUAGGCUGAGGACUUCACGUUACGUUGUUUUUGUUCGUGUGUUUAUUUUAUAAAAUAAACAUGUAUGCAUUUCACGCGGCGCCUUGGUCUGACCCGUCCUUCAACGUCUGUGACAGUAUGGGCUCCCGAGUGGCGCAGUGGUCUAAGACACUGCAUCUCAGUGCUUGAGGCGUCACUACAGACCCCCUGGUUCGAUUCCAGGCUGUAUCACAAUCGGCCGUGAUUGGGAGUCCCAUAGGGCGGCGCACAAUUGGCCCAGCGUCGUCCGGGUUUGGCUGGUGUAGGCCGUCAUUGUAAAUAAGAAUUUGUUCUUAACUGACUUGCCUAGUUAACGUAAUUUUCGGACUAUAAGCCGCGCCUUUUUUCCCAUUUUUCGACCCUGCGGCUUAUAUAACGGUGCGGCUAAUCUAUGGAUUUUUACAGCUAACGGCCACUAGAAGACCUCCUAAAUCUAUGGAUUUUACAGGUUACAGUCCACCAACUUUAACUCUAUGGGCUCUAUGACCGGUCCGCGCCCCCCACCUUUAAGCGGCGGGCUCCAGCAGGAAAAGCUGGAGGCCGGAAAAGAGUGAGACAGGUAGCGCGCAAAAGUAAAAGUGGAACCGAGAGUGGUACGAGAGACAGAACGAGAGCAAGACAGACAGACAUUACGAGAGCGAGACAGUUUGUCUCUUUCCCGACAAUCCCCUCUGUGCACGAACCCUUACAUAUGGUAAUUAAACAAUAAAACACCUGCGGCUUAUAGUCCAGUGCGGCUUAUAUGUACACAUCAUUCAAUUUAGCUGCUGCGGCUUAUACUCCGGUUCGCCUUAUAGUGCAGAAAAUACGGUUUAAAAAAAAAUAGAUAUAUUUAAACUUUCUGAAAUGAAGCAAUGUGUUGGACAUGUAUUCUAAGUGGUAUGCUAGUAUAGAUAUAUUUAAACAUAGCUGUGGUGUCUCCCUCUUUUCUCCUCUCCAGGUGUCCCUGACGUUCUCGGCCCUCCAGGAGUUGCCAGGGGAGAAGACCUCUCUGAGCCUCCAGGCCCACCCAGGGUCUCUGUGUUCUCUCAGGGCCAUUGACCAGAGUGUGCUGCUGCUACAGCCUGAACAGGAGCUCAGCCUAGACUCUGUACGUUCUCCAUGGCUGCGUCCCAAAUGGCACCCUAUUGACCAGGGCCUCAAAGGGUUCUGGUCAAAAGUAAUGCACUAUAUACGGAAUAGGGUGCCAUUUGGGACAGGACACAGCCUCUCACAUUCACUUACUCACCACACUAAGCUGAAGCCUAACCAUGAUCACACACAUCCUCCUUUGGCAUUGUUUUUGUGCACCCAUGUAUUUCAAGAUGGGAUUCGGCUCACUUUCAGCUUCCUCUAAACAUUUAUUAACCACUGUCUGAUACUUAAAAGUUUUUUUUUACUUUUGGGACUAUUCCAUUGGUUCUCUCAAGCUAAAUCGAGAGCAGAUCAAGUAUUUGCUAUAUGUAUUUAACACUGGUGUUAUCAUAUGCACUCACCUUGUACUGACCCUGUAACCUCUGACCACUUUCUGACCGUGUCAAGAUGCUGUGGAUUAUAAAGUCAGUAUUACUAGAGGUAUAUUACUUCUCUCUCUGCAGGUCUUCAGUCAGCUGCCUGUUCAGAAGUUGUCUGGAUAUUCAUACAGAGUAGAAGACUUUGACCCCUACCCAUGCCUUCAAUAUCCUCCAAUCAUUGAAGAGGAGAUGAUGCUCCUUUCACUCGUACCUGAACCGGCCGAGGAGUUUGUAGCACCACCCGUACCUGAUUGGGAAAAACGCUCAUUCUGGUUUGGCCCCAACAACGACAAAAGCGACGCCUACAGCAUCUUUAAAGUAAGAGGCACAAAUACGUUUGCAGUUAUUCUUGUCUGUUUGGACUAUAGAAAAUGUAUAAAUAGUAUGUAAGAGACUGUCUAAAAUGAAUUAAAAUCGAAUGCAGUCUAUGAAGUGAUUUUUCAGAAGUAAGUAAAAAGACUUUUUUAUAUAUAUAUAUAUAUAUAUAUACAGUAUCUAAAAAAAUGUUUGGGUUUUAAUUUAUUCAACUAAUACCCACAUAAUUGAGCAAAACUGAAAUUACAGGUAUGAUAUGGCCUUUACUCCCUGACACUGUUUGAUUUUCUGUACUUUCAUUUUAGGAAGUUGGAAUCAAGAUCCUGACCAACUCUGACGUGAGAGAACCUUACGACUGUAACGCACUCUUUGCAAUGAAACAAAAUGGUAUGAUCGAAGCGGGUAGGUAUUAUAUGGAGCCCCAUGUAUAGAGUCAUUGAACGCUGGUCACCUCAUUCUGUUUAUAUACUGUUUACUCACUGUGUAUGAUAAUACUGUAUUCUCGACAUACAGUGGGGAGAACAAGUAUUUGAUACAGUGCCGAUUUUGCAGGUUUUCCUACUUACAAAGCAUGUCGAGGUCUGUCAUUUUUAUCAUAGGUACACUUCAACUGUGAGAGACGGAAUCUAAAACAAAAAUCCAGAAAAUCACAUUGUAUGAUUUUUAAGUAAUUAAUUUGCAUUUUAUUGCAUGACAUAAGUAUUUGAUACAUCAGAAAAUGCAUAACUUAAUAUUUGGUACAGAAACCUUUGUUUGCAAUUACAGAGAUCAUACGUUUCCUGUAGGUCUUGACCAGGUUUGCACACACUGCAGCAGGGAUUUUGGCCCACUCCUCCAUACAGACCUUCUCCAGAUCCUUCAGGUUUCGGGGCUGUCUCUGGGCAAUACGGACUUUCAGCUCCCUCCAAAGAUUUUCUAUUGGGUUCAGGUCUGGAGAGUGGCUAGGCCACUCCAGGACCUUGAGAUGCUUCUUACGGAGCCACUCCUUAGUUGCCCUGGCUGUGUGUUUCGGGUCGUUGUCAUGCUGGAAGACCCAGCCACGACCCAUCUUCAAUGCUCUUACUGAGGGAAGGAGGUUGUUGGCCAAGAUCUCGCGAUACAUGGCCCCAUCCAUCCUCCCCUCAAUACGGUGCAGUCGUCCUGUCCCCUUUGCAGAAAAGCAUCCCCAAAGAAUGAUGUUUCCACCUCCAUGCUUCACGGUUGGGAUGGUGUUCUUGGGGUUGUACUCAUCCUUCUUCUUCCUCCAAACACGGCGAGUGGAGUUUAGACCAAAAAGCGCUAUUUGUCUCAUCAGACCACAUGACCUUCUCCCAUUCCUCCUCUGGAAUCAUCUACAUCAUCCAAGGGGAGGAGCUGAUAAAGGGACAGACGACCCUGGACUUUUUCUAUCUGGUAAGGUUAAAGGGAUGUUCCACUCAAAAUACAACCUAACAUUAUUUUUUUGUCGAGUCCACCAGAAAGUUUGGGGAUAUUUAUUUAUUUAUUUAUUUUACAUACUUCGGUAUUUGAUUGUCAUUUUGUGUUUUGUCUGGAAAUAUUUUAAGAAUGGCUUUGGAAAACCAUACAGUACUUGACUUCCAGUUGAAUAUUUCAUCAUGGGUUAUACACAGUAAGAUAUCACUUUAGUAAUGCAUUAACUUCAAGAUAUUUGCCAGCAGAUCUCCAGGUUUUGGCCAAUGUUCCAAUCUCCCUGGUUCGUUCACUGGUUAUUAAUGUUGAUGCUGCAACCUGGCUGUCUCUUAUGUCCCAGGUUAUAUCUAGAGGCAGCAUUCAGCAGCAUGGCCGUCUUCCUGUGACCGUUAAAGAAGGAAAAGGUAAAUAAAUUGGUCUUGGAUUCUCCCGACUGCUUCCUGACAUUUAUAUUUAGGACUUCUUAGAACCCCACUUGAUUAGAGAACAUAUCUCCUCGAAAGGCCUAAUGGCAUUAAACUGGCAUGGGAUAAAUCUGUCACGACUGGAUUAAAUCAUCCAGAUUACAUCUUCAAUACAAGCUCUUACUUCACAGCGCACAGUAUAUUUCAAUUUCAUAGACUAGUCACAGAACACUGUCUGUAUUGGAUGCUCGGUGACUUACGGUGAGCUAAUGUCCAUCCCUUUGUCUGUCUCUCAUUUCAGUUAAUCAAGGGGAGCUGACGCUCUCGCUGCAGCGGAUGCCUGAGCUGACCCCUUUUGCCCAGGUGGUGGUGUACACCGUGUUGCCUGAUGGGGAGGCAGUAGCAGACAGCCGAGACUUCCCCAUUCACCUCUGCCUGAAAAACCAGGUAGGCAACUAGGCGUCUUUCGCCAGCUACAUGAAAUGUCAAAAUGUGAUCUAUCGGGGCAACAUGCACUACGGUCGAUUUCCAAAAUGACUUCGCAUCAGACUAUGAUAUGAAAUCCUUCACCUGCACCUGGAUCAUCACAAAUCUGUUUUCUAUCUAGAUGUGGUCAGUAGUUGUGUGGUUGUGGUCAGAUGAGAGGCCAGUGUUGUGGUAAGCAGUUGUGGUCAGAGGUUGUAUGGUUGUUGUCAGUGGUUGUGGUCACUGGAUGUGGUCAGAAGUUGUAUGGUUGUGGUCAGCAGUUAUGUUUUUGGUCACUAGAUGUGGUCAGCAGUAGUGUGGAUGUGGUCAGAAGAUGAGAGGUCAGAAUUUGUGUUGUGGUCACUAGAUGUGGUAAGCAGUUGUGUGGUUGUGGUCAGAGGUUGUUGUCAGAUGUGUGGUUGUUGUCAGUAGUUGUGUUUGUGGUCACUAGAUGUGGUAAGCAGUUGUGGUCACUAGAUCUGGUCAGUUGUUGUGGUCAGUAGUAGUGUGGUUGAGGUCAGAAGUUGAGUUGUCAGCAGUUUAGUUGUGUGGUCAGCAGUUGUGUGGUUGUGGUCACUAGAUAUGGUAAGCAGUUUUGUUGUUGCGGUCAGAAGUUGUGUGGUUGUGGUCAGUAUUUGUGUGGUUGUGGUCAGUAAUUGUGGUCCCUCUCUUCACCUUCAUUUCUUUUUGCCCUUUGUCUGUGAGUACCCAUAGCAACGGCUCAGUUUGGGCUCCUCCAUGAUGACACAUAGAGCUGUUAGUAGACCUCAGCAUGCCACUUUUCGUCACUGACAAACAGCUGUAACUUUUUAUUGGUAGAAGCUAUUCCUAAUCUGCUCUUUCCAGUCAGAGGGGUACAGCCCACCCUUCUCUUUAGAGACAGGCAAACUAGCGUUGCAUGGCAACACUGCUGCCUUUUUGGCUAAAGCAAGAGAAACAUGCUAGCAUACAGUAAGUUUGUGCAUUAAUAUGAACUAAAUACUGCACUCUGACCCACACAACGUCUUUGCUAGAUUCCUGAUAGUGUUAGACAAAGCAAGGAAAGUAAACUCAAAACGUUAUGUAGUUUUAUUGCAAUUUGCAGAUGUUGGUAAAUCAUGAAUCUGCUAGCUUCUGACAUGAUUUAAUGCAGCUAGAAAGAGAGCAGUUGAUGGGUUACUAAAACAGCUCUAUCUAGGGAUUGGUAGACACUAGUUCUAAUCCGUUUAAGGAUUUCCAGGAAUAUUUUUGUCUAACUUGUUGGGUUUGUGGUCAAAAUGGCAGUAGAUUGGAAAAAGUUGGAGGAAAAUGUUGUAAUGCAGUUACUAAAACAGCUGUACCGUAAGCUCCGUAGUGAAUAUUAUGGUUCUGCGAACAUAUAUGAAUCACAGAGAAGUAGUCAAAGAUUCCAUAUGCUCUAACCUUUUGUCUAACUUGUUGGGGUAGUGGUCAAAACGGCAGCAGUUUGCAAAUAAGUUACAGAAAAUGUUGUUGAUGCGGUUACUUAAACAGCUAACUUUUUACCAGAAUAUUAUUUUGUGUUCAAAUGCCAGAUUUGAGUAGCAGAGAAUAUCGAAUAUCUAAGCUUUUGCUGCGCAAGCCCCACAAUGAUAUACUUCUGCCAGGUAAGCCUACUUUGCAGUUAACAUUUAAUUGAGAAAGUUUUGGGGGGAAAUAUUUCUGCCAACCCACAAGACCGUUAUCACAUCAACUGGCUACACACAGAGUGAUAGACAAACGCGCGCACCACAGACAGAUGGGAUAAUAUGAAUGGAAGUUAAUUGGCAGACAUUGUGUUAGGUUUGGCUUUUUAAGCCAAUAGUGGCUAACCAGGGCUGGGAUGUCAAUGUUGCGUUGAUUUAGAUAGUAGCUGAGAGCUUGCGGUGUCUGAUACUUGUGAGAUUUGUUUGACAGUUUGCGGUGGAACACAUGAAAAUUGCAUGUACUUUCAGAAUUGUUUGGCGAGCUACUGGUAGCUCGCGAUCGACCUGUUAGACCCCUGCUCUACACAGUACAAGCAUUAUUAUGUUGUGGGCUCUGUUCCAAUAUUCACACCAGUAUGCUACUGUACUUGAAAUGAACCAAUGUGUUGGACAUGUAUUCUAAGUGGUAUGCUAGUAUAGCUCCCGAGUAUGUGUCACGCCCUGACCUAUGGGACUCUAGUAUGUUGAGUCAGGGUGUGGAGUUCUGUUAUUUCUAUGUUCUCAUUCUAGGUUGUGUGUUUCUAUGUUUGGCCGGGUGUGAUUCCCAAUCAGAGGCAGCUGUCGCUCGUUGUCUCUGAUUGGGGAUCAUACUUAAGUAGCCUGUUGGCAAUCAGUUGUUGUGGGAUCUUGUUCCGUGUAUAGGCUUGUAUGGUGUUUAGGCUGAGGACUUCACGUUACGUUGUUUUUGUUCGUGUGUUUAUUUUAUAAAAUAAACAUGUAUGCAUUUCACGCGGCGCCUUGGUCUGACCCGUCCUUCAACGUCUGUGACAGUAUGGGCUCCCGAGUGGCGCAGUGGUCUAAGACACUGCAUCUCAGUGCUUGAGGCGUCACUACAGACCCCCUGGUUCGAUUCCAGGCUGUAUCACAACCGGCCGUGAUUGGGAGUCCCAUAGGGCGGCGCACAAUUGGCCCAGCGUUUGGCUGGUGUAGGCCGUCAUUGUAAAUAAGAAUUUGUUCUUAACUGACUUGCCUAGUUAACGUAAUUUUCGGACUAUAAGCCGCGCCUUUUUUCCCAUUUUUCGACCCUGCGGCUUAUAUAACGGUGCGGCUAAUCUAUGGAUUUUUACAGCUAACGGCCACUAGAAGACCUCCUAAAUCUAUGGAUUUUACAGGUUACAGUCCACCAACUUUAACUCUAUGGGCUCUAUGACCGGUCCGCGCCCCCCACCUUUAAGCGGCGGGCUCCAGCAGGAAAAGCUGGAGGCCGGAAAAGAGUGAGACAGGUAGCGCGCAAAAGUAAAAGUGGAACCGAGAGUGGUACGAGAGACAGAACGAGAGCAAGACAGACAGACAUUACGAGAGCGAGACAGUUUGUCUCUUUCCCGACAAUCCCCUCUGUGCACGAACCCUUACAUAUGGUAAUUAAACAAUAAAACACCUGCGGCUUAUAGUCCAGUGCGGCUUAUAUGUACACAUCAUUCAAUUUAGCUGCUGCGGCUUAUACUCCGGUUCGCCUUAUAGUGCAGAAAAUACGGUUUAAAAAAAAAAUAGAUAUAUUUAAACUUUCUGAAAUGAAGCAAUGUGUUGGACAUGUAUUCUAAGUGGUAUGCUAGUAUAGAUAUAUUUAAACAUAGCUGUGGUGUCUCCCUCUUUUCUCCUCUCCAGGUGUCCCUGACGUUCUCGGCCCUCCAGGAGUUGCCAGGGGAGAAGACCUCUCUGAGCCUCCAGGCCCACCCAGGGUCUCUGUGUUCUCUCAGGGCCAUUGACCAGAGUGUGCUGCUGCUACAGCCUGAACAGGAGCUCAGCCUAGACUCUGUACGUUCUCCAUGGCUGCGUCCCAAAUGGCACCCUAUUGACCAGGGCCUCAAAGGGUUCUGGUCAAAAGUAAUGCACUAUAUACGGAAUAGGGUGCCAUUUGGGACAGGACACAGCCUCUCACAUUCACUUACUCACCACACUAAGCUGAAGCCUAACCAUGAUCACACACAUCCUCCUUUGGCAUUGUUUUUGUGCACCCAUGUAUUUCAAGAUGGGAUUCGGCUCACUUUCAGCUUCCUCUAAACAUUUAUUAACCACUGUCUGAUACUUAAAAGUUUUUUUUUACUUUUGGGACUAUUCCAUUGGUUCUCUCAAGCUAAAUCGAGAGCAGAUCAAGUAUUUGCUAUAUGUAUUUAACACUGGUGUUAUCAUAUGCACUCACCUUGUACUGACCCUGUAACCUCUGACCACUUUCUGACCGUGUCAAGAUGCUGUGGAUUAUAAAGUCAGUAUUACUAGAGGUAUAUUACUUCUCUCUCUGCAGGUCUUCAGUCAGCUGCCUGUUCAGAAGUUGUCUGGAUAUUCAUACAGAGUAGAAGACUUUGACCCCUACCCAUGCCUUCAAUAUCCUCCAAUCAUUGAAGAGGAGAUGAUGCUCCUUUCACUCGUACCUGAACCGGCCGAGGAGUUUGUAGCACCACCCGUACCUGAUUGGGAAAAACGCUCAUUCUGGUUUGGCCCCAACAACGACAAAAGCGACGCCUACAGCAUCUUUAAAGUAAGAGGCACAAAUACGUUUGCAGUUAUUCUUGUCUGUUUGGACUAUAGAAAAUGUAUAAAUAGUAUGUAAGAGACUGUCUAAAAUGAAUUAAAAUCGAAUGCAGUCUAUGAAGUGAUUUUUCAGAAGUAAGUAAAAAGACUUUUAUAUAUAUAUAUAUACAGUAUCUACAAAAAUGUUUGGGUUUUAAUUUAUUCAACUAAUACCCACAUCAAAACUGAAAUUACAGGUAUGAUAUGGCCUUUACUCCCUGACACUGUUUGAUUUUCUGUACUUUCAUUUUAGGAAGUUGGAAUCAAGAUCCUGACCAACUCUGACGUGAGAGAACCUUACGACUGUAACGCACUCUUUGCAAUGAAACAAAAUGGUAUGAUCGAAGCGGGUAGGUAUUAUAUGGAGCCCCAUGUAUAGAGUCAUUGAACGCUGGUCACCUCAUUCUGUUUAUAUACUGUUUACUCACUGUGUAUGAUAAUACUGUAUUCUCGACAUACAGUGGGGAGAACAAGUAUUUGAUACAGUGCCGAUUUUUGCAGGUUUUCCUACUUACAAAGCAUGUCGAGGUCUGUCAUUUUUAUCAUAGGUACACUUCAACUGUGAGAGACGGAAUCUAAAACAAAAAUCCAGAAAAUCACAUUGUAUGAUUUUUAAGUAAUUAAUUUGCAUUUUAUUGCAUGACAUAAGUAUUUGAUACAUCAGAAAAUCAUAACUUACAUGUGGUACGAAACCUUGUUUGCAAACUUACCAAGAUCAUAACGUCUUCCUGAGGUCUGACCAGGUUUGCACACACUGCAGACAGGAUUUAUGCCCACUCCCCAUAAGACCUUCUCUCAGAUCCUCAGUUUCGGGGUGUUCUGGGCAAUAGGACUUUAGCUCCCUCCAAAGAUUUUCUAUGGAGUUCAUGUUGGAGGUGGCUAGGCCACUCAGGACCUUGAGAUGCUUCUUCGGAGCCCACUCCUUAGGUUGCCACUGGCUGGUGUUCGGGUCGUUGUCAUGCUGGAAAGACCAGCCACGACCCAUCUUCAAUGCUCUUACUGAGGGAAGGAGGUUGUUGGCCAAGAUUCGCGAUAAUGGCCCCAUCCUCCUCCCAUCAAUACGGCAGUCGUCCUGUCCCCUUGCAGAAAAGCAUCCCAAAGAAUGAGUUUCCACCAACAUGCUUCACGGUUGGGAUGGUGUCUGGCGUUGUAUAUCUUCUUCCUUCCUCAAACACGGCGAGGGAGUUUAGACCAAAAGCGCUUUUGUCUCAUCAGACCCUGACCGUCUCCCAUUCCUCUCUGGAUAUCCAAUGGCAUUGGCAAUUCAGAGCCUGGAAUGAGUCUAUGCAAGGUGUUAACUGCAUGAAAAAAAAAAGUUUCCCUUUUCAAGCCCCAAAAAAAAAAAAUUUUGGAAAUUUUUGUUAUUGACCCCCUCUUUUUUCCCCCUUUUGAAAAAAUUAAAAAAAUCCUACAAUGUUUUUUCUGGAUUUUUUUAUUUUGUCUUCAAGUUGAGUGUACCUAGAUAAAAAAUUUACCUUUUAUCUUUUUUUGGGGCUUUUCCAAUUGGGGGCUACAAAUCUUUUUUUCCCCAUUUUUUCAAAAAAAAGGUUAAGGCCUUUAAUUUUCCCCCAAAAUUUUUUUUUUGACUUUUUUAAAUUGUGCCCGCCAAAUUUUGGGGAAAAACCCUUUUUAAAAAGCAAAGCAAAAAAAAAUUUGGGGGGAAGCGGGGGGUUUAUGAGCCCCGUUAGGAUUGAUGGUACCCUUCUUUUUUUAUAUUUUCCUUUUUUUGGCGUUUCAAAAGGGGGGCAAAAUUUUAAUGCCAUUUUUUUUUUUAUUAAAAACCCUUGAUUGUAUUUUUAAACCCCGUCAACUUAAGGGGGAUUUCAAAAAAAAGGCCUGAAUUUAAGAAUUAAUUUUUUUAGGGGUAAAGGGUUCCCAAAAAUAUUUAAUUUUGGGGAAAAAAUUGUUUAAAAAAAAACUACUUUUUAGGGCACAUUUUCCCCCCGGGGGUUUUUGGCCCCCCCAAAAAAUUUUUAAAACCCCCCCGGGUUUUGGGGGGUUGGGGAAAGGGGCUUACCCCUCCCAAAAUUUUCUAUUUUUGGGCUGGGGGUCUGCCAAAAUUUUUUUUUUUGGGCAACCCCUUUUUUUCCCCGGGUUUUUGGGGUUUUUAUCUGGCCCACCACACCCAUCUUCGCUCUUACUAAAAAUUUUGGCCGUCCCAUUAUUGAGCAAAACUGAAAUUACAGGUAUGAUAUGGCCUUUACUCCCUGACACUGUUUGAUUUUUCUGUACUUUCAUUUUAGGAAGUUGGAAUCAAGAUCCUGACCAACUCUGACGUGAGAGAACCUUACGACUGUAACGCACUCUUUGCAAUGAAACAAAAUGGUAUGAUCGAAGCGGGUAGGUAUUAUAUGGAGCCCCAUGUAUAGAGUCAUUGAACGCUGGUCACCUCAUUCUGUUUAUAUACUGUUUACUCACUGUGUAUGAUAAUACUGUAUUCUCGACAUACAGUGGGGAGAACAAGUAUUUGAUACAGUGCCGAUUUUGCAGGUUUUCCUACUUACAAAGCAUGUCGAGGUCUGUCAUUUUUAUCAUAGGUACACUUCAACUGUGAGAGACGGAAUCUAAAACAAAAAUCCAGAAAAUCACAUUGUAUGAUUUUUAAGUAAUUAAUUUGCAUUUUAUUGCAUGACAUAAGUAUUUGAUACAUCAGAAAAUGCAUAACUUAAUAUUUGGUACAGAAACCUUUGUUUGCAAUUACAGAGAUCAUACGUUUCCUGUAGGUCUUGACCAGGUUUGCACACACUGCAGCAGGGAUUUUGGCCCACUCCUCCAUACAGACCUUCUCCAGAUCCUUCAGGUUUCGGGGCUGUCGCUGGGCAAUACGGACUUUCAGCUCCCUCCAAAGAUUUUCUAUUGGGUUCAGGUCUGGAGAGUGGCUAGGCCACUCCAGGACCUUGAGAUGCUUCUUACGGAGCCACUCCUUAGUUGCCCUGGCUGUGUGUUUCGGGUCGUUGUCAUGCUGGAAGACCCAGCCACGACCCAUCUUCAAUGCUCUUACUGAGGGAAGGAGGUUGUUGGCCAAGAUCUCGCGAUACAUGGCCCCAUCCAUCCUCCCCUCAAUACGGUGCAGUCGUCCUGUCCCCUUUGCAGAAAAGCAUCCCCAAAGAAUGAUGUUUCCACCUCCAUGCUUCACGGUUGGGAUGGUGUUCUUGGGGUUGUACUCAUCCUUCUUCUUCCUCCAAACACGGCGAGUGGAGUUUAGACCAAAAAGCGCUAUUUGUCUCAUCAGACCACAUGACCUUCUCCCAUUCCUCCUCUGGAUCAUCCAGAUGGUCAUUGGCAAACUUCAGAUGGGCCUGGACAUGCGCUGGCUUGAGCAGGGGAACCUUGCGUGCGCUGCAGGAUUUUAAUCCAUGACGGCGUAGUGUGUUACUAAUGGUUUUCUUUGAGACUGUGGUCCCAGCUCUCUUCAGGUCAUUGACCAGGUCCUGCCGUGUAGUUCUGGGCUGACCUUCCUCAUGAUCAUUGAUGCCCCACGAGGUGAGAUCUUGCAUGGAGCCCCAGACCGAGGGUGAUUGACCGUCAUCUUGAACUUCUUCCAUUUUCUAAUAAUUGCGCCAACAGUUGUUGCCUUCUCACCAAUUGCUGCUUGCCUAUUGUCCUGUAGCCCAUCCCAGCCUUGUGCAGGUCUACAAUUUUAUCCCUGAUGUCCUUACACAGCUCUCUGGUCUUGGCCAUUGUGGAGAGCUUGGAGUCUGUUUGAUUGAGUGUGUGGACAGGUGUCUUUUAUACAGGUAACGAGUUCAAACAGGUGCAGUUAAUACAGGUAAUAGGUGGAGAACAGGAGGGCUUCUUAAAGAAAAACUAACAGGUCUGUGAGAGCCGGAAUUCUUACUGGUUGGUAGGUGAUCAAAUACGUAUGUCAUGCAAUAAAAUGCAAAUUGAUUACUUAAAAAUCAUACAAUGUGAUUUUCUGGAUUUUUGUUUUAGAUUCCGUCUCUCACAGUUGAAGUGUACCUAUGAUAAAAAUUACAAAACCUGCAAAAUCGGCAGUGUAUCAAAUACUUGUUCUCCCCACUGUAGCUCAUCCUAAUAUAGCUACUACUGUACAUACCAUUUUCUUUUCCAAAUUGUAUUCGGUCUAUACACACCACAUAUUUUAUAUUCUCACUCUAAUAUCUACUUGGAUUGUUAGUUCUUUUUUUUUAUUGUGCGUCUAUUGUUGGCGCUAGUAACACAAACAUUUUGCUGCACCUGCCAUAACACCCGCACAUUUUACAUUUACAUUUUAGUCAUUUAGCAGACGCUCUUAUCCAGAGCGACUUACAGUUAGUGAGUGCAUACAUGAUCAUUUUUUAUAUAUAUAUAUUUUUUUUACUGGCCCCCCGUGGGAAUCGAACCCACAACCCUGGCGUUGCAAACGCCAUGCUCAACCAACUGCGCUACAUCCCUUCUGUGUACGUGACCAAUAAACGUAUUUGAUAUGCUAAUGUAUAAACCUUUCUAGUCUCAACCUAAUGAAGGAUUGGUUUCUAUUUACAGUUCGUCCCAUGAACAUGAUGCCAAAUGGGCAUAUGACAUCAGCCCCUGGAGCCGCUGACGGGACUAAGGAGACUGUCCGCACAUACUUCCCUGAGACCUGGAUCUGGGACCUGGUUCCUGUGGGGUAAGCAUUGUAACAUACACCGUAUUUGUAGUCCAACACAUCCCUUUUCGUGGGGUGCUGGGCUGAAAAUGCCUACUAAUAUGGCAAUACUGAAACUACAGGCAUGUUUUUGUUCUAGCGGUUGAUUUUUAAGGGGGAAAGAACGGUUUAAAACAAUAAUUUAAAAAAUCACCUAGUCCUCUAUUGAACUGACCAUAAAUCAUGUGUUCCAAUGUUAAUAUAUAUUUGGUGUUUUUAUUGCACCCUUUUCAACACCACCAGAGAUACAGGAAAAGUGAAUGUUGAGAAGACUGUUCCAGACACCAUCACUAAGUGGGCUGCAGGGGCGUUCUGUACUUCCCCAGUGGGUUUUGGCCUGGCUCCCAACACUGGCCUCACUGCCUUCCAACCCUUCUUUGUGAGCCUGACACUGCCCUACUCUGUCAUCCGGGGGGAGGUGUUCACACUCAAGGCCACAGUGUUCAACUACCUCUCCAAGUGUAUCAUGGUAAGCCCUCCCAGUAUUGUCUCUUUCUUUACCUCUCUAGUCCCACUUCAUUUGGAUAGUCCCUGUAGACAAUCUGUAGAUGCUCUGAUGUUUUAAGGACGAGAGAAGAGCGGACGCAUGGAUCUAGGAAAGACUUGAGAUUGACCCCAUGUGUUUCUCCUAGGUGAAGGUGACUCUAGCUGAGUCGGACCAGUUCACAGCCAGGCCAUGUGAAGGCUGCCAGUACACCCUGUGUCUGUGUGCUGAGGAGAGCAGGACCUUCAAGUGGAUCCUCACCCCAACUGCUCUGGGUGAGCCAUACAGUACUCUGUCAAUCUAUCACAAGGCUCUUGCAAUAGACUCCACAUUUACUCCCAACACCUUGGCCCUAGCCCCCUACCCUUUGAUGUUUGCAGAUUUGUAAGGUGUAAGAAAUAUGGUAGAAGCUCCACCAUUACACUGCUUAUACCCAUCCACACCUUUCAUAUAUGCAAAGAGUUAGGGCCAAAGGAGAGUAGGGAGUAAAUUGAAAGCAGUGAUUCUCCUGUAGUGCCUUAAGACAGGGUUGUUGACUUCACACAGCUGAAAUUUAAGCAAAUAAAUAUUUCUGAUACACAUGGCUCAAAUAAAUUCCUUGUAUAUAUCCUAGCCCUGUAAAGAAAUGUUGACAAUCGCUUGUACUAACAAGUCAAGAGGGAUAUCUGAUGAGAUGCUCAGAAAGAUCUCCCUCGGGGGUAUCCGUGGUUAUCGGAGAAAGGGAGGGAGGAAACAUGGGAAGGGAGGAGGGAGGGAGGGAACAGUUGAGCCAGGGUACAUGAGUGACUGAGAGGAGAGGCUAUAGGAAGGGAGGGUAAGAGGGAGCAAGCUGAGGGAGGGGCAGGUUAAUGGGUGACUGGUCUAGACUUGCAUGUUUAUGUCUCUCUGGCCUGAACUAUAGGGGAGGUGAGUGUGAAAGUGAGCGCUGAGGCGUUGAAGACUGAGGAGCUCUGCGGCAACGAGGUGGCCACAGUGCCAGAGAAAGGACACAUUGACACCAUUGUGCAAACACUGCUGGUGGAGGUGAGUGUCUGUCCUGUAUGCCAAGUCCACUGUUCUUUCUUCCACAUUGAUGCAAUGAGAUCAGGGUUUUCAGUAACACUAGGGCAAGGGUAAAUACAGUAGAAUUUAUAUCCCCUGAUAUUGUUUGGUAUUUUGAUGAGAGGAGACAACAUGGUUUGGUGUUCUAAGCCCAAAUGCAGUUAGACACCAGCUCAAGCAUAAUAAAUAUUUUUUGAAUAAAGAUUACAUUUGGGAAUGUGCAUAGCUUUUCCAUUAAUUUUGAAUUGAGACGUAUAGCUGGACUGACACAACAGAUGGCCUGGGACAUGGAUUUAUCUUAACAUUAGUCUACUUUUCAGGUCUAAAACGUUUCACCUUUAAAUGGUUACCAUAUGAAUUCAAUGCUAGACUUAACUUUAGUUGUCCUCAUUAGAUUGUGUUUUAUUUUGGUGAUGUUUUUCCUGAAAGCCAGUGGUCAGUCUUUUUUCUCAAUGUCACUUUCCCUCUAUCAGGCCGAGGGAACCCAGGAGACGGUCAGCCACAACGCUCUGCUCUGCCCUGCAGGUAAUCUCCUGACCUCUAUCAGUCAUACUUUCUCAUAAUUACCCCGAUGAUUAAGUUGUUUUGGUUUAGAUUACAUAUAUGUUUUAAGUGGUUAUAACGGUUCUCAAGUAACUCAGUCUGCCUCGUUUAUCUGUCUCCUGUCACCAGAGGGCCCAGUGGAGAAGGACAUCUCUCUGAAGCUGCCUGAGGUGUUUGUGGAGGGCUCUGCCAAGGCCUCCCUUUCAGUACUGGGUGAGAAUACUCCAUCUGUUUUGCUGAGUUUUAUAACCUCAGGAUAUGUUUUCCAUUUUGGUGCAGAUGAAGUUGUAGGCAAGGAUUGUUCAUCCCUCUAUUCAUGACAAGGGAAGUGUAUAUUCAACCUGCAGAUCUAUGAUUGCCUUAAGGUUAUGGGAUCUGAAACCGGGAUCUGCUGGUCAAAUAACCACUGCCAUUGACUAGAUGCCAAUGAUUGAUUGUCUCAAUGGUUGGUCUCUUUUUCACCAGGCGACCUGAUGGGUCGGGCCAUGAAGAACCUUGACAGCCUGUUGCAGAUGCCCUAUGGCUGUGGAGAGCAGAACAUGGUGCUGUUUGCUCCCAACAUCUACAUCCUCAACUACCUGCAGAGCACCAGGCAGCUCACCAUGGAGAUCCAGACCAGGGCCACAGGCUUCCUAGAGAGUGGUGAGUGAGCUGGGUCUGGUUCAGUAAGGCACAACAUGGCCAAACUGUUUUAAAACGUGUUGCAACGGAAAUCUAUAACAAGCAUUUAUUUUCAGUUACAGCCUACACUCUCCAUUUUACUCAAUGCAAUUUGUUUAAAUUUCUCCACUGGACACAACCCUGGUGAAAUAAGACUGCUAUGCAUUGCGGAGACUACUGCUUAAUGGAACACAUAGCAUGCACUGGGAUAUGACAAGAUCAUUUGCAGUAAGCGUUGUACUUUUUUUUUUAUGAGCUGUGAUUGAACAGGAGUCUGCGAAGAUGAACACUGUCUGACAGUUUAUUCUGUCUGAUAAUUUCUGUGUGCAUCUCACCUCUGACUAGCAACAACCUGUUGUCUAUAUUUGGCACUGAACCAGUUAACUGCACCUUGCACAUACAAUAGAAGUCCCUAGAAGGAGAGUGUUUGUUCAUUUGGCCAUUUGUGUUGCAGGCUACCAGAGAGAGCUCAACUACAAGCAUGACGAUGGCUCCUACAGUGCCUUUGGGCAGAGCGAUGAGUCUGGAAACACCUGGUCAGUUUAAUUGAAGUCCACACAGUCAUAAUACCUUAUCUUAGAUUAUUCCACAAUUGAGAUUUUUAGUUUUUUAAGUCACUCUUGAAAAUGACAUUCGAUUAAGGGUGCAGUAUGUAAUCAAGGUAGGAAUGUGAUCGUCUCGAAUCCAUAUUAGUAUGGUGACGUGACUUUCAUUAACAGGGUGACUGUUAUUUAACGAAUCAACUAACUGUUUAAUUUUCACUUUAAUCAUUUAACAAUUAACUCAUUAGGAAUUUGGGGCACCACGGAAUAAGUUGUUUAACGAGUUACCAUCUCCCGAAUUAAACUCUUAGAAGAUAUAUGUUAUAUCGAUAACAGUCACUUAUUAAAUAAUUACCUCUUAUCAGUCUCAUUCUGAACGUCGCAUAAUCUUUGAACCUGCAAGAACCCUAACCUUAUUGAUAAAUCAGCAAUACACAAAUUGGCUUAAUUAUUUACUAACUAAAUAAUAACACAAUACAAACACACAUAGGUUAUUGAUUACUAAAGUACCGUAUUUUCCGCACUAUAAGGCGCACCGGAUUAUAAGGUGCACCUUCAAUGAAUGGCCUAUUUUAGAACUGUUUUCAUAUAUAGGGCGCACCGGAUUAUAAGGCGCAUAGAUUAGAAGAUACUGCAGUCAAACGUUUGACUGGGGUUGCGUUAUGCAUCCACUAGAUGGAGCUGUGCUAAAGGGAAUGUCAACAAAACAGUCAGAUAAAGUCAAACUUUAUUAAGCGUUCUGACAACAAUUUUGGGGUCUUUAUAUACACACACAAGUGGUGUGGGACUGUGAGUAAGCACAGUACCGGUGUUUACUGACUACGGUAGCCGUAAUGCUGCAAGCGGUGCGGCUUUGUAGUUUACCAGUCGUACUGAAACAUUUCAUUAUUAUAAAAUUGUUUUUAUUGGUUUUUCAUACUGAAACAUUUUGACAGAGUGCCUUGAGCGCCGUGUACAACCAGUAUGGAUCAACCAAUUAACCAAUUGAUCCAUAUAUAAGGCGCUCCGGAUUAUAAGGCGCACUGUCGUUUUUUGAGAAAAUUAAAGGCUUUUAAGUGCGCCUUAUAGUGCGGAAAAUACGGUAAUACAAUGAAAACAGGUCCCUAGUGGACUGAAUUAACAAUAGCAUGAACACUUGGAAGGGAGAGACAGAGAUUCAAACUAUCGUUGUUACUUUGGAAACUAAGCUCACGGAAAUGCAAAUGCUUAGAACCCUAAUCACAGCUCACCGCUCAUUCGGAUUAGAAACACAACAUGUAUUUACGUGUAGCUGUCCUCGAUAGUUGAGUUGAUGAUGUAGGACUCUGGUUUGCCCACCAGAGAUCCCAUUGUCCUUGGUAGUUUCUGGUCGUAGUGGUCGUUAGACUGGAUACUUCAGCGUACCCUGUAGUUUGUAGAGUUGAUCUGUUCGAAUAGAUACUUCAGAUGUACCAACGGUUGUCUGAGAGGGAUUGUCCUUCCCAACUCGUAUAUUUUAGUAAAGGUUCUCUGGACGACUAUACAUGCCAGCUGCAGACUGGUAUUGAUAAGGUCUAGUGCAUUGUCUUCACCUCGUGUAGAGGUUCAGAGUUUCACCAUUUUGUAACGUUUAGCUCAUGUGUCAUGUCUUCUUGGCCUAGACCAGGAAGCGUGAAGCUGAAGCUACACUGUUUAAAAUGGUUAAUGUUAAUUCAACCAUUUGCAACAUCCGGUUUACACCGUAGUCUGCUUGGUCUGAGGUGAAUUUCGUCACAAGGGGUUUUAUACUUGAGUAGAAAAGGGGGCGUUUCAUCAUGUUUGUGCUCAUCUGGGCGUGGCCACUGACUGAGAACAAAUCAAUAUGGAAAACAAUCAUCUCAGCUAGAAUGCUAAAAUCACAUUUAUCUUCACAAAAGUAUUAUUAUACUUAAUCAUUUAGUUUUAUACAACAAUUAGAUGCAAACCUCAUAACUGGGAAGUGUACACCCCCAGAGAUAGUUAUGUUGUUCCACCGUCUUUAAUGACAUUACAACAUAGUAACGAAUUUGACAUGAUUGUUCUUUAAGUCCCCACUGACCAUUUCCCACAUUCUUUGAAGUAGGAAUAUUGUUUCAUUAUCCACUUUUGGAUGUUGGAGUCUUGGCAGGAACACUUCCUUUGUUCCACAGGGACAUUUCCUCUCCCAAUACUGCAUGGCACGGAUAAUAGUUUCUGCAAGGAAUUUACAAAUGGUCAUAAAACUGGUCCCCAGGAGAGGGGGUGUUCAAACCUUUGCCUAGCCGGCAUCUUUGAUCCUCAGCCCAAGAAGGCAAGUCAUGACAAUAUGCUGAAGCCAACUGUUAUGGCAAAUAUAGUUGGCUUCAGCACAUACAGUAUGGCUACUGUUAUCUAGAUUCUAUAAUCCAUAGUUUAGGUAAGGCUCACCACAUCUAGUCCUAGUAACUCCAGUGACAUCUGCUCUGUGUCCUCUCAGGCUCACCUCCUUUGUGCUGAAGUCCUUUGGCGGGGCCAAGCCCUACAUCUUCGUGGAUCCCACCCACAUUGGCCAGGCCAAGGCCUGGUUGGCCAGUCACCAGCAGAAGGAUGGCUGCAUUGCGUCAGUGGGGAAACUCUUCCAUAACGGCAUGAAGGUAAAGGGGAAUCAGAGCUCCGUUGCUAAUAAGAGGAGGAGUAUCCUAUUGCUGCCACCAAAUGUGAAAAGGUAACGUUGAGGGCAGAGAUUCAGCAGGAGGUUCUGGUGCAAAAGUGUCCCAUUCUAUUUACAGUGCAAUGUUGGAGUCGGCAUAAAAUCCUAGAUAACUAACAAACAAAAGACUUGAUAAUAAUACAUAGUCUAACAUCAAAUAUGUGUACUUUACAUAAUUCAUAUUGCACUGACACGGAGGAUAAUGUACUGACUUUAGGACUCCACGUGUGUCCCAAAGGAGCACACGCUGAGCAGAAGAAUCCCAAGCAUGUUUUAGCCAAUACUGAGAACACACCACCACCGUAAAAUGACCUCUGUCUGACUAGUCCCGACAGCUUUUGUGCAUCUCCAGAACAGUACACUUAAAAUGUUUUCCCCCCGUUCUUUCUCUUUGUGCACCAUAAACACUGCAAUGGUUUUUGGUUGAUAUCGGUUGAUAUCAGUGUGACUUUGAAACUCUAGCACCUGGGAGUACUGUAUGAUGUUGGAUGAAGUUUACUAUCAUUCUUUGUUGUUGUAGGGAGGGGUCGGGGAUCAGGUGUCGCUCACUGCCUACAUCACCGCUGCACUGCUGGAGCUGGAUGGCAACACUUCUGUGAGUUAUCAUCUCUCUUUCCAUAGCCUAGUCUUAUAUCAUAUUGAUAAACAAGAAGACCACAUUUCGUGCUUUUAUCAAAAGAUGAACAGGCCUAGUGGAUAUCUCUGCUUAGCCAUCCAACUACUUCACACAAUUCUAAAAUAAGACGAUAUCACCCACAGAACGCCUCACUCGCCAUGUCUUAGAAUUUGUUAAAUAACAUCCAUAUAUUAGUCUACUUUUAUAUGUAUACACUUGUUCAUUUAUUUAUAUUGCUAACAUUAUUCAGUACUCAUACCCAUAUUAAAAACCUGAUAAAAGGUCUGGGUUGUAUUCAUUAGGGAACGCAAUGGAAAACCCAUAAACAUUUUGCAACUGCAAAUUAGCAUUUCUUAUCGGUCCAGGUAUUCCAUCAGUUUUAAUCAGUGUUCCUCUGUUUAGUGCCUAAUAAACACAACCCUCUUGUAUGUGGGUGUGUCAGGACCCCAUGGUGGAGAAGAGUCUGGCGUGUCUGAGGGCAGCAGUGUCUGACCAGCUGGAGAACACCUACACCACGGCCCUGCUGUCCUACACCUUCACCCUGGCCCAAAACCAGGACAUGAGGGCCAAGCUCAUCACCCACCUGGACAAGAUAGCUGCUACCUCAGGUAUGUGUUGUCUCUUUGUCUCUCUCUACCUUUCUGUCUGACUGCUGGGAAACAGCCACUGACAAUGAAAAUGACCACAGGUGGCAAUCGUCACUGGGAGAGAGCAGAGGCUUCUGGGACGAAGACUGACUCUCUGGAGGUGGAGAUGACAUCCUACGUGCUGUUGGCGCUGCUCUCAGGCCCCUCGAUGCCAGGCUUUGGGCUUGGCUACUCCACCGGCAUCGUCCGCUGGCUGGCCCAGCAGCAGAACCCGUACGGAGGCUUUGCCUCCACACAGGUACUUACUCACCACACCUGGGUUCAAACAGUAUUUGGUUUUCUUGGUCUGGUAGACAAUAAUUCACUCUAGCACAUAAUCUACCUAUCUCUCCUACUGUUAGUACAUGGUUAAACAUUGAUCACACCAAAUACUUAUUUGUACAUGAAAUGUAGACUGGACAUUGUAUUAAAGCCUUACAAUCAUUUCAUAACACAACACAUGGAUUUCCUUGAAUUGUUGUGCUUCAUUUUAUAUUCUUCAUAUGUAUUGAUUCUCUCCAUCCAUACCCAAGCUGUAGUCGAUCUGGAUUUGUUUUUGCAACGGUACCUCUCUUCUUCGCCUGUCACCAGGACACAGUGGUAGCACUGCAGGCCCUGGCCAAAUACGGCGCCGCCACCUUCAGUCCAGAGGGUGCCAGUACAGUCAGUGUGAGCUCGGCCAGAGGCCUGAAGAUGGAGUUCACUGUAAAUCAGAACAACAGGCUGCUCUAUCAGGAGGAGCAGCUGAAGGAGGUCCCUGGGGACUACAACAUCAAGGCACAGGGCAAGAGCUGUGUGUUUGUGCAGGUCAGGCUCCAGUCAUUUGCCCUUUGCUGCCUCUCAGUACAUGCAGUACUGAGUAUCUGGUUGUGUUCAGUAGGGAACACUGUUGCACAAAAACAAACGUUUCAACCCUAGUGUCAGCAUCAACGGAAUUGCAUGGGUAUGUUGAUUUCAUGCAUCUCAAUGGUAUCGUCUCUGUCUUUUCAGAUCGCCAUGCACUACAAUAUUCCCCCUCCUCCUGACUUCUCUGCUUUUAACAUCUCAACACAGACGCUGGGGAAAUGCGACGGCACCAAGAAAUCUCUGACAGUGUCUGUGAAUGUCAGGUACAGUGGAAUUCCUUUUACCCUUGAAAUAGCAACUGACUGACUUCUGGUAGGACACCAAAAAAAGUGACAACCACCAGUGUGAAGAUGUGAAUAUACACUGCUCAAAAAAAUUAAGGGAACACUUAAACAACACAAUGUAACUCCAAGUCAAUCACACUUCUGUGAAAUCAAACUGUCCACUUAGGAAGCAACACUGAUUGACAAUAAAUGUCACAUGCUGUUGUGCAAAUGGAAUAGACAACAGGUGGAAAUUAUAGGCAAUUAGCAAGACACCCCCAAUAAAGGACUGGUUUUGCAGGUGGUGACCACAGACCACUUCUCAGUUCCUAUGCUUCCUGGCUGAUGUUUUGGUCACUUUUGAAUGCUGGCGGUGCUUUCACUCUAGUGGUAGCAUGAGACGGAGUCUACAACCCACACAAGUGGCUCAGGUAGUGCAGCUCAUCCAGGAUGGCACAUCAAUGCGAGCUGUGGCAAGAAGGUUUGCUGUGUCUGUCAGCGUAGUGUCCAGAGCAUGGAGGCGCUACCAGGAGACAGGCCAGUACAUCAGGAGACGUGGAGGAGGCCGUAGGAGGGCAACAACCCAGCAGCAGGACCACUACCUCCGACCUUUGUGCAAGGAGGAGCAGGAGGAGCACUGCCAGAGCCCUGCAAAAUGACCUCCAGCAGGCCACAAAUGUGCAUGUGUCUCCUCAAACGGUCAGAAACAGACUCCAUGAGGGUGGUAUGAGUGCCCAACGUCCACAGGUGGAGGACGUUUGGCAUUUGCCAGAGAACACCAAGAUUGGCAAAUUCACCACUGGCGCCCUGUGCUCUUCACAGAUGAAAGCAGGUUCACACUGAGCACAUGUGACAGACGUGACAGAGUCUGGAGACGCCAUGGAGAACGUUCUGCUGCCUGCAACAUCCUCCAGCAUGACCGGUUUGGCGGUGGGUCAGUCAUGGUGUGGGGUGGCAUUUCUUUGGGGGGCCGCACAGCCCUCCAUGUGCUCGACAGAGGUAGCCUGACUGCCAUUAGGUACCGAGAUGAGAUCCUCAGACCCCUUGUGAGACCAUAUGCUGGUGCGGUUGGCCCUGGGUUCCUCCUAAUGCAAGACAAUGCUAGACCUCAUGUGGCUGGAGUGUGUCGGCAGUUCCUGCAAGAGGAAGGCAUUGAUGCUAUGGACCGCCCGUUCCCCAGACCUGAAUCCAAUUGAGCACAUCUGGGACAUCAUGUCUCGCUCCAUCCACCAACGCCACAUUGCACCACAGACUGUCCAGGAGUUGGCGGAUGCUUUAGUCCAGGUCUGGGAGGAGAUCCCUCAGGAGACCAUCCGCCACCUCAUCAGGAGCAUGCCCAGGCGUUGUAGGGAGGUCAUACAGGCACGUGGAGCCCACACACAUUACUGAGCCUCAUUUUGACUUGUUUUAAGGACAUUACAUCAAAGUUGGAUCAGCCUGUAGUGUGGUUUUCCACUUUAAUUUUGAGGGUGACUCCAAAUCCAGACCUCCAUGGGUUGAUAAAUUUGAUUUCCAUUGAUAAUUUUUGUGUGAUUGUUGUCAGCACAUUCAACUAUGUAAAAAAAAAGAAGGAUUUAAUAAGAUAAUUUCAUUCAUUCAGAUAUAGGAUGUGUUAUUUUAGUGUUCCCUUUAUUUUUUUGAGCAGUUUAUAUUUAAGAUUAUAUCUUACCUUCAUCUGACCCGGUGUGACUGACAGGUACAACGGUCGGCGAGAGGAGACCAACAUGGUGAUCAUCAAUGUCAAGCUUCUCUCCGGCUUCGUCCUGGACAAGUCCUCCCUCAAGCCUGUGAGUCAAUAAGAGAACCUCUGUUGAGGGGAACACACAUACAGUUUAAUCAAGGCCAGGAGUUUUACCAGUUUGGGCAACAGUCCUGGGCCUAAGUAUAAUCCCCUUGAGGAUUACUUAAUGCAUAUUCAUUAUAAUGGCAUCUGUUCUAAAUGUAAGUAUUGUUCUAUUGUCAAUGCCAGUGGUUGUCCUUUGAACAUAUCAGUUAUACUGUCUGACAAUAUGCUAACCUGUGUUCUGUUCUUCCAGUUGAGAAAUGACCCCACUGUCAAACGAGUUGACCUGGAGGAAGGACAUGUCAUCAUCUACCUAGAUGGGGUAGGAACAUGAAUAAUGAAUGUUGCAUCUAAACAGGGCUGUUUUUAUCAGUUACAGAAAACCUUUUUGGAUGUGGUCUCAUUUGCAUCCACACACUGGAUUUAACUUGAACAGUAACAUCAAAGUAAGACUGUAGUGGAUGUUUUAUACAGUAGCACUGUGUGAAUCUAUAACAUUGAACUGCAGUGUCAAAUGUAUUAUUCCUUUUCUUCCAGCUUAAGCAGAAGGAAACUAAGACGUACAGCCUGGCCAUAGAGGAGGAUGUGCCUGUGAGGAAUCUGAAACCAGCUGUGGUGAAAGUGUAUGACUACUACCAGACAAGUAAGAAUUCCAUCUAACACAGACAGUGAAAUGUGCAAAAAUCCAGGAACUUUAAAUAAAUUCAGUGGUUUUCCCAAAAUACCGGCUGGAGGAUCACAGAAACAGGAGGGAAUAAGCAGGAUAUCCGGAAUACUCCAACCAGGAUUUCUGGAAAACCAGGGAAUUUAAUUAAAGUUCCCGUAAUUUUGCAACCUUAGAAAUGUGAUCUCAUGCGCAGAAAACAUUGUGCUUUCCAAGGGUUAUAAUGAAAAACUGGUACUCUUUCUCAAAUGGAAAAAGAUUAACACCCACAACUAGAUAUUAGACCACAUGUGUCAGACCCAUUCCAAGAGGGCUGAGUGUCUGUGGGUUUUCGCUCCUCCCUUGUACUUGAUUGAUGAAUUAAGGUCACUGAUUAGUAAGGAACUCCCCUCACCUGGUUGUCUAGGUCUUAACUGAAAGGAAAAAAACAAAAACCAGCAGACACUAGGCCCUCCAUUAAAUGAGUUUGACACCCCCUGUAUUAGGCCUUUGAAAAAAAGUGUCAAAACGUGUUAGCUUUUAAUAGAGCACCAUUAAUUGAAAAUUAUACAGUGGGGAGAACAAGUAUUUGAUACACUGCCGAUUUUGCAGGUUUUCCCACUUACAAAUCAUGUAGAGGUCUGUAAUUUUUAUCAUAGGUACACUUCAACUGUGAGAGACGGAAUCUAAAACAAAAAUCCAGAAAUUCACAUUGUAUGAUUGAAGUAAUUAAUCUGCAUUUUAUUGCAUGACAUACAGUGGGGAAAAAAUGUAUUUAGUCAGCCACCAAUUGUGCAAGUUCUCCCACUUAAAAAGAUGAGAGGCCUGUAAUUUUCAUCAUAGGUACACGUCAACUAUGACAGACAAAUUGAUAGAAAAAAAUCCAGAAAAUCACAUUGUAGGUUUUUUAUGAAUUUAUUUGCAAAUUAUGGUGGAAAAUAAGUAUUUGGUCACCUACAAACAAGCAAGAUUUCUGGCUCUCACAGACCUGUAACUUCUUCUUUAAGAGGCUCCUCUGUCCUCCACUCGUUACCUGUAUUAAUGGCACCUGUUUGAACUUGUUAUCAGUAUAAAAGACACCUGUCCACAACCUCAAACAGUCACACUCCAAACUCCACUAUGGCCAAGACCAAAGAGCUGUCAAAGUUGUAGACCUGCACCAGGCUGGGAAGACUGAAUCUGCAAUAGGUAAGCAGCUUGGUUUGAAGAAAUCAACUGUGGGAGCAAUUAUUAGGAAAUGGAAGACAUACAAGACCACUGAUAUUCUCCCUCGAUCUGGGGCUCCACGCAAGAUCUCACCCCGUGGGGUCAAAAUGUGAGCAAAAAGAACGGUGAGCAAAAAUCCCAGAACCACAUGGGGGGACCUAGUGAAUGACCUGCAGAGAGCUGGGACCAAAGUAACAAAGCCUACCAUCAGUAACCCACUACGCCGCCAGGGACUCAAAUCCUGCAGUGCCAGAUGUGUCCCCCUGCUUAAGCCAGUACAUGUCCAGGCCCGUCUGAAGUUUGCUAGAGUGCAUUUGGAUGAUCCAGAAGAGGAUUGGGAGAAUGUCAUAUGGUCAGAUGAAACCAAAAUAGAACUUUUUCGUAAAAACUCAACUCGUCGUGUUUGGAGGACAAAGAAUGCUGAGUUGCAUCCAAAUAACACCAUACCUACCGUGAAGCAUGGGGGUGGAAACAUCAUGCUUUGGGGCUGUUUUUCUGCAAAGGGACCAGGACGACUGAUCCGUGUAAAGGAAAGAAUGAAUGGGGCCAUGUAUCGUGAGAUUUUGAGUGAAAACCUCCUUCCAGCAAGGGCAUUGAAGAUGAAAAGUGGCUGGGUCUUUCAGCAUGACAAUGAUCCCAAACACACCGCCCGGGCAAUGAAGGAGUGGCUUCGUAAGAAGCAUUUCAAGGUCCUGGAGUGGCCUAGCCAGUCUCUAGAUCUCAACCCCAUAGAAAAUCUUUGGAGGGAGUUGAAAGUCUGUUGCCCAGCGACAGCCCCAAAACAUCACUGCUCUAGAGGAGAUCUGCAUGGAGGAAUGGGCCAAAAUACCAGCAACAGUGUGUGAAAACCUUGUGAAGACUUACAGAAAACGUUUGACCUGUGUCAUUGCCAACAAAGGGUAUAUAACAAAGUAUUGAGAAACGUUUGUUAUUGACCAAAUACUUAUUUUCCACCAUCAUUUGCAAAUAAAUUCAUUAAAACUCCUACAAUGCGAUUUUCUGGAUUAUAUUUUGUCUGUCAUAGUUGACGUGUACCUAUGAUGAAAAUUACAGGCCUCUCUCAUCUUUUUAAGUGGGAGAACUUGCACAAUUGGUGGCUGACUAAAUACUUUUUUUCCCCACUAAGUAUUUGAUCACCUACCAAACAGUAAGAAUUCCGGCUCUCACAGACCUGUUAGUUUUUCUUUAAGAAGCCCUCCUGUUCUCCACUCAUUACCUAUAUUAACUGCACCUGUUUGAACUCGUUACCUGUAUAAAAGACACCUGUCCACACACUCAAUCAAACAGACUCCAACCUCUCCACAAUGGCCAAGACCAGAGAGAUGUGUAAGGACAUCAGGGAUAAAAUUGUAGACCUGCACAAGGCUGGGAUGGGCUACAGGACAAUAGGCAAGCAGCUUGGUGAGAAGGCAACAACUGUUGGCGCAAUUAUUAGAAAAUGGAAGAAGUUCAAGAUGACGGUCAAUCACUCUCGGUCUGGGGCUCCAUCCAAGAUCUCACCUCGUGGGGCAUCAAUGAUCAUGAAGGUGAGGGAUCAGCCCAGAACUACACGGUAGGACCUGGUCAAUGACCUGAAGAGAUCUGGGACCACAGUCUCAAAGAAAACCAUUAGUAACACACUACGCCCUCAAGGAUUAAAAUCCUGCAGCGCACGCAAGGUCCCCCUGCUCAAGCCAGCGCAUGUCCAGGCCCGUCUGAAGUUUGCCAAUGACCAUCUGGAUGAUCCAGAGGAGGAAUGGGAGAAGGUCAUGUGGUCUGAUGAGACAAAAAUAUAGCUUUUUGGUCUAAACUCCACUCGCCGUGUUUGGAGGAAGAAGGAUGAGUACAACCCCAAGAACACCAUCCCAACCGUGAAGCAUGGAGGUGGAAACAUCAUUCUUUGGGGAUGCUUUUCUGCAAAGCGGACAGGACGACUGCACCGUAUUGAGGGGAGGAUGGAUGGGGCCAUGUAUCGCGAGAUCUUGGCCAACAACCUCCUUCCCUCAGUAAGAGCAUUGAAGAUGGGUCGUAGCUAGGUCUUCCAGCAUGACAACAACCCGAAACACACAGUCAGGGCAACUAAGGAGUGGCUCCGUAAGAAGCAUCUCAAGGUCCUGGAGUGGCCUAGCCAGUCUCCAGACCUGAACCCAAUAGAACAUCUUUGGAGGGAGCUGAAAGUCCGUAUUGCCCAGCGACAGCCCCGAAACCUGAAGGAUCUGGAGAAGGUCUGUAUGGAGGAGUGGGCCAAAAUCCCUGCUGCAGUGUGUGCAAACCUGGUCAAGACCUACAGGAAACAUAUGAUCUCUGUAAUUGCAAACAAAGGUUUCUGUACCAAAUAUUAAGUUCUGCUUUUCUGAUGUAUCAAAUACUUAUGUCAUGCAGAGCUCUAUAUGCUUUGUAAGUAGGAAAACCUGCAAAAUCGGCAGUGUAUCAAAUACUUGUUCUCCCCACUGUAUAUAAUAUGCUUUUUUUCUCUAUUAAUGGAAGAAUACCAGUUUCCAAGCCACCCCACUCUCUCUGAAAUAUUUGGCACUGGAAUACCUGUCUAGGUUACGUACAUAAGGAAACGAGACAUCACCAGUAUGGGCCCAUUGAUUCACCCCCCUGAAGUGGGAGUUUAAUGAUGUUGACUGACUUAAAGGGAAGUAAAGUUAUCAUUAGAAAGGAACUGACCUCUGCAUUCUCAUAUGUUCUGUUCUCAGGUGAUGAAGCUGUAAGUGAAUACAGCUCCCCAUGUGCAGAGAGUAA